AUGAAUCUUCCACAAGUAAUCUCUUAUGAAGAACAAGCUAUAGACAGUAUGGUAUCUGUGAUCAACAGAGCUAAAGAAAUACUCGGACAAAGGCAAACGCUAAGAGGACUCGCAAACACCAGAAAACUUCUCACCCCUGAGACGAAGGUGACGUUGACUACCCUCCAUCUGCCUCUUGCCAUCACCACCGAGGCCUUCAUUAGAGAUGUCAUCGAUAACGUUUGGAAACUAUCUGACACCUUUAUGUACACACUUAAGUACCUAAACCGAACACAAGAUGAAUGCUCGCAGUAUUUUUACUUUGAGGCGAUCUUCAGUCAGCCGACAGCGGAGUACCCAAUACCUCAAGCUACUGUUUCAGUAUUCUUCAGAGUGGAAGAUAAGUAUUUAUAUCACGUGGAGGACAGAGGAGUACCUUCGAUGGUCUUCCGAAUCGAAGGUCAGCGCACGGACCAUGAUAUACGCUACGUCAAGUUGAACCCUGACUGGAUCCUCGGCGUUCUUCAAAUGAAGAUCAAGUUCUUUAAGAGGAUCGAGGAGAUCGGACUAUUCUGA